AUGCAGGCUGGGUAUGCCGCGGGGUUGUUAUUCUUGUGUCCGUUGGGGGAUUUGCUGCCGCGGAGGCCGUUUGUGGUGGGAUUGGUUGGUAUUACAGCGACGUUGUGGCUCGGACUUUGCUUGACAUCGAAUCUGGGUGUCUUCACCGCAAUCUCUUUCCUGGUAUCGAUAACCACAGUCACCCCACAGCUCAUGCUUCCCCUCGUGGGUGACCUGGCCCCUCCUCACCGUCGCGCAGCCGCCCUUUCAGUGGUAGUAUCUGGCCUUCAACUCGGCAUCCUCAUCGCGCGUGUGCUCUCCGGCACAAUAUCCAACUUUGUCACCUGGCGCGCUGUAUACUGGAUGGCAUUCGGCCUACAGUAUCUUAUUUUCGUCCUGCUCUGGUUCUUCAUGCCCGACUACCCUGCCACCAACACCUCUCUCAACUACUUCCGCCUCCUCUGGAGCAUCGUGCAGAUGCUCACUCGGCAUCCUGUUCUUGUCCAAGCUUGCCUUGCAGGCUUCUUCACCAGCUCUACAUUCACCUCCUUCUGGACGACCCUGACCUUCCUUCUCGCUGGCGCGCCGUAUUUCUACAGCCCCUUGGUCAUUGGCCUCUUCGGCCUCAUCGGCAUUGCAGCCAUGUGCUUCGGUCCUGUAUACGCACGCAAGGUCACCGAUAAGUUCGUGCCGCAUAUGACUGUCCUCUUCGGCUUGUUCUGCUGCAUGCUCGGCAUCUGCUUCGGGACCUACCUCGGCACGUUUACGGUCGCAGGCCCUGUGUUGCAGGCGUUCCUGCUCGACUUCGGUAUGCAGACAGCGCAGAUUGCGAAUCGGAGCGCCAUCUACGCGAUUGAGCCGACACGCAGGAAUGGUGUGAACACUGCGUUCAUGGUUGCGACGUUCUGCGGGCAACUCAUGGGUACGGCGGCGGGAAGCCACAUCUAUGCGGAGGCUGGGUGGAUUGGUAGUGGUAGUGCGAGCGUGGGGUUCAUAGGGGCUGCCAUACUGAUCAUGGUCGCGAGAGGGCCAUGGGAAACACGGUGGGUUGGGUGGGGGGGCGGAUGGAGUUUCAAGAAGAAGAAUCAGAACAGUGCAGAUGGGAAGACGGCGGAAACUGGGAACGCAAUCCGAGGAAUGGAACCUUCAGAUGAGGAGAUGGGCGCCGAGGUGAAAGCAUUGGAUGAGGCGGCUGCUGAGGAAGAGCAUCAACGGCCGCUCAAAGACGAGAGCGAGAAGAGCAAGAGGAGUAGUGGUGUGGACAAAAUUGGUCUUGUAAAUAAAUAG